AUGGCACCCAAACGCAAGAGAAACGACCGCGCAUCGGUGGAUGGCGGUGACAAUCGACCAUCCCCUCAUCGACCGCAAAACGCCGCUCUGGCACAGCAUGAUCGAGGAGGAGAUAUGCGUGAAGGACAAAGAAGAUCGAGCCGUGGCGGACAGGGAGGCGCUGGUGGCCGCGGAGGACGAAGAAAUGACGGUCGCGACAAUCCUAAUAAGCUGAACCUGAGCGGAGCUGGUAGAGCUACUCCUACACCUGGACCUAUGUCUCCUCCUCCUCGACCUUCUAGUGCAGCAGCAACUCCUACGCAAACCCCUACACCUACAAUCGAUCUACCCAGUCCGGUUGCGAAGCGAGAGCCAGCACCAUACUACUAUGAAUUCCUCACCGAAGAACGAAUGGCCGCGUGGGAGGCAACUGGUCGUACAGAGGUUAUUGCAAGAGGCUCGCAGGCACGUCAGGAUGAGGACCCAAUGGAUCUCUCCUGUGUGAUUCAAGAGAUUGUCCGUGCAACUUGGGAUGGUCAACUUGAUGCGUUGGAUGCUGGUUCCUGCUUGAAAGAGAUUCUUGGACCACAGCUCUUUUCUGAGGCAGAGCCCAGUGGUUCUUUCGACCCACAUACCAUUUUCCUGGACCAAAUAUCGAUCAUGUACGAAGCUGAAGAUCCCUCUCCGACCAGUCAACUCCUUCGAAGUUUCUGCCUUGCAACAGGUGUAUCUGCAACUUCCAUGCGAGAAAAGCUUGAUGCGAAGAUGCUUCAAGAUCUUGGCUUAACUCGUGACACCUUCAUCCGCGUUGGCGUUCGGCAAGCUACGAAUCUUCUAUACCGACAAGCCAAUUACAAUCUAUUACGUGAGGAGUCGGAAGGUUAUUCGAAACUCGUCACGGAGCUAUUCACUACGAGUGGUGGCGAACCCCCAUCGAAGGAAUAUGUUGAGGAGACGUUUGAAAGAGUCAAGGCUCUGAUCGGCACAUUUGACUUGGAUGUUGGUAGAGUCCUUGACAUUACACUCGACGUGUUCGCAGCUGUACUCGUUAAGCAUUUCCGAUUUUUCGUCAAAUUCCUUCGAAUCAGCUCCUGGUGGCCUAGAAAUGGAGAAUUGGAUAGCAGCAUGAGACAUGGAGGUCUUCCAAGAUGGGCCCUUCCUAGUUCUCCUGGAUGGAUGCCUACCGAAGAAGAUGAAGCAUUGUCGAAAGAUAAGCGCCUAGAGAGAGACCUUCUCUUUUGGGACCGAGCUCGGAAGAUUGGUCUGGAUGCGUUCUUCGAACUGGGAAGUACACCUAUCAUUGGCGAUGAGAUAAAGCAGAGACUCCUGAAGGCGAGAGGCAGUGGUGACGCAGAUCUCGAUGCAGACCGAGCAUGGAUUGAAGCUACUGGAACCCUACCACCAUCAGGAAAUCGAGUUGCAGCUCAGUUGCUCGGAUUCAAAUUAAGAUUCUAUGCAUCUGAGGCUCGUGAUAAAGAAGAUGUGCUUCCAGCAAAUCUGAUCUACCUGGCGGCUUUGUUGAUCAAGAUUGGCUUUAUCUCGUUAAGGGAUCUUCAUCCACAUCUGUGGCCCUUGGACCAAGAUAUGCCAGCUUUGAGAGAGUCUAGGAUGAAGAAAUUGGCGGAGGAGGAGAAGGCUGCACGAAGUGGAGGCGAUAACGCUCUUACUAGGGCUGGUGCACUGACAGAUGAUUCUGUUCCUACAACCAGAGCUCGAGAAGCAGCACCGGCCAAAGCCGAGCCAGCCGCAAAGCUUGCACCCGAAGUUGAGGACAAAGACAAACUUGACGAGCCAAGUGACCAAAAGGUCCAACUUUUAACCUGUCUCUUGACAAUUGGCGCUAUUCCGGAAGCAAUGUACAUUCUUGGUCGAUUCCCAUGGCUUACAGAAGCAUACCCCGAUCUUGUCGAUCUCAUUAAUCGCAUCUUACACCACUCCAUCGACCAAGUUUACAGAACAGUCCAACCUACAGCGACUCUCAAUAAGGCUUUCACUACCAAGAGAGUCGCAGAUGUUGACCAGAGCGGUAUGCCCAAGGGCCAAGUACGACUUACAGAAGUUCCUUCCAAGAAGCAAUUGAGGUGGCCUUUUCCCGAAAAAUUCGACACCAAUGAAAGCACUUCUUACCGCUUCUACUGGGAUGAGUGGGCUGACAAUGUUCCUGUCUGUCAAAAUGUGGAUGACAUGUUCACGCUUUGCGAUACUUUCCUCAAUUUCGUUGGGCCUGCUGUUGGAAAAGAUGCUGCUCUCCUGUCUAAGCUGGCUCGAAUUGGUCUUAAGAAUCUUGCCGAUGACCACUCCCCGCAAAAUCUGACCAGAUGGGAAGGCCUUCUCAAGAGAUUACUUGUGCCAGCUCUUAGCGUGACGAAGGGCAACACUCAGAUCGCCAAUGAGAUAUGGGACCUCCUCAGAUUCUACCCACUUUCUGUUAGAUACUCAAUCUAUGGCGAGUGGUUCCAAGGUGCAACAUCCAGACUGCCAGCAAUCAUGUCAGUCUUCACCCGAACCAGAGCCGAAACAAACGCCACAAUGAAGCGUAUCAGUAAGAACAACAUUCCGAGCAUGGCGCGAACUCUUGCAAAGGCAAGUUAUUCUUCACCAGGAAUUGUCUUCGAAGUGGCUCUGGGUCAGAUUGAAGCAUACAAUAACUUGACGGAAGUCGUUGUGGAGUGUGCUAAAUACUUUUCUGAUCUGGGGUUUGAUGUCUUGGUCUGGUCCCUUUUGGUUGCCCUUGGCGGAAAGAACAGAAAGCGAACCAACGCGGAAUUCGCUCUGCUUCCAAGCAAGUGGUUGCUGGCAUUGUCGACUUUCUCAGGCAAAGUAUUCAAACGCUACGGCCUUAUGAACCUCUCACCAGUCCUCAAAUAUGUCAAUGAUCAACUUUUUCGAGUCAAUGCCACGGACUUAGUCAUUCUGAAGGAACUUAUCACUCAAAUGGCGGGUGUGCUUCCAAGUACCGACUACGGCGAUUUAUCUAUUAUCGCGAUGACUGGAGGCGAGACAUUAAGAAAGUUCACACUCAUGGAACUUCAGGACAAGCGCUACGAAUGCUUAAAAACCGGCAAACGACUGUUGCGAACUUUGACAGAUAAUAAGCUCGCUGGCGAAUUACUCAUUCAGAUUGCCCAACAUAGACAAUCCGCUAUCUACAAGAUAUCCGACGAGGAUGCCCACAUCAAGCUCCUGGCAACCAUGGUGGAUGAUACCCAGGCCAUCUUGUCCCAGUACCUUGAUUUCCUGCGCAGUAACCUCUCUGUCGAAGACUUUGACGAGAACGUGCCUGGAAUUCCAGAGCUACUAAAGGACUUUGGUCUAGAGCCAGGGCUUGCAUUUAUGAUUGGUCGAGUGAGCGUGGCAUACAACAAGUCCCACUCACCAAAGGCAGCUCCGAAUGGAGUUGUGAAGGCUCUCACGCCACCCGAAGAAAUUGCAGAUGCUGACGGUGAUGUCAAGAUGGGAGGCGAAGAAGCUGCAUUGGUAAACGGCGAUCAUGGCACGCCGGACGCCAAUUUGAUCAAUGGUAUCACGAAGGAAGACACACCAAUGACAGAUGUAAAAGAAGAUUUACCUACUCGCUCAACAUCUGGUUCGGAACCACCCCAAUCACCGGUUGUCCCUUCCGGAAACACGAUGAGCGCUAUUAUCGGGAUUGUUAGAAGCAUUCUCCCAGAGAGCACUUUCGAAACUAUCAGUCCCGAGUUCUACGCAACCUUUUGGACAUCUGCGCUUAAUGAUCUCGUCGUCCCUCAACCAAGCUAUGACUUAGCUGUUGAGAGUCUUAUCCAAAAGGAGAAAGAAGUCACAAUCUCAUCAUCCUCGUCUCGAUCUUCAGCUCAUGCGAGAGAAGAGGAGAAGGCUAAGAGAAAGGCCAUCUCUGAUGUUCGUGAGGCUGUAUUUCUGGAAAUGAAGAAGCUUGUUGGUGGUGCAAGUAUGCGAAAACAGCGUCUGCUUAAAGACAAAGCCAGCUGGUUCUUGUCAGCCGCCAGGGGUGAUGAUAUUAGCGACACCCUUUUGGAGAAGUGUUUGAUUCCUCGUCUCGUCCUCUCCCCAAUCGACGCAGAAUACUGCUUCAAGAUGGUUAGAUUUCUCCAUGAUAAUGGAGUCCCCCAUUUUCGAACACUCUCGCUCUACGCUCGCUUUUUCAGGACAAAUCGUCUCCGGACUCUCAUCUUCACUUGUACAGUCAGAGAGGCCGAAAAUCUAGGACGAUUCAUUCGCCUUGCACUUCAAGACCUAGCUCGAUGGCACGAGGAUAUUGCAUUAUAUCAGAAGGAAGCUUUGGGUCUGGCAACUCAAAAAUUGUCUGGCUUUGCGAAAGCUUUGGAUGAAGAAGGCAAGCCAAAGGCUUUUCUAGAACAUGACGGUGAGAAAGGCUUCCGCAACAUUCUCUACAUGUGGCACAAGAACCUGAAUUCGGCAAUUCGCGAUUGUUUGGAGGGCACUGAGUGGAUGCAUGUCCGCAAUGCUCUCACAAUCUUGAAAACAGUUGUCAACGUUUACCCGGCAGUUGACUUCAUGGGCCAUGCCUUUAUCAAGCAGUUAGAGGUCAUUGCUAAGCGCGAGAAGGGCGUACGUGAAGAUCUUGCAUUAGCGGCAAACGCAGUGUUGGUCACAUUGAGAUUGGCAUCGAGUAAAUGGGUUAUGGUACAGGCAUUCCACAGUGCGAUCCCACCAACGCAAACCAAUGGAGCACAGACAAAUCCAAAAUCUGUACCGGCGGCUGUCCCUAAAUCUACUCUAAAGCCCACUGCCCAAGAGUUUAAACCUCAAUCUCGAGCAAGUUCUGUUGGUGUAGCUACUCCGAAAGUCACUCAUACCAUGGAAGUUGAAGAUGGUGAAGUUGAUGAUGCAAAGGGCUCUGCUCCCACUGCUACGUCAUCCACCAACGCCAUCAACAAAUCCGUUGAUCCUAAGGCCGAUGUCCCCCGCCCGACACUCGAGCCGAAAAAGUCAGAAAUUUUGGAUCGAAGAGAGCAGAUCAAGCGUGAGAAUGCGGCAAAGCUCGUUUCUACGCAGCCACAAUCCCAUGCCAAUAUCCCACCACGACCAGACUCCAGAAAUUCUACACUUGACCGAGCAAGCCCAAGUCUUCCAAAUAGGCCUGACGCUCCGUUCCCGAGUCGAGAUUUGAUGGAUAGACAUCCUCCGCGCCAUGGCGAGAGAAGAGACGGCAGAGACUCACGUCUGUCAGAUCCUCGAGGAAUGGAUAGGUCUAGCAACCGACCAGGAGACAGACCCCGAGAGUAUUCCAGUAAUGAUAGACGAGGUGUCGAACCAGCUCCCAGGGACUUGAAUCGACCUUCUGAUAGAGGUCUUGGUCCUGAGCGUGAGCGCAUUCGGCCAGACCCACCCCCUCGUUGGACAGGAGAGCCCAGUCGUGACAAUCACGAUAGAUUCACCAAUGGCGCUCGACCUUCAAAUGAUGGUCGCCUAUCCCGCGAUAUGCCGCCACCGAGAUCGUCUUCAGAUCGUGGACCUGCAGCAAACACCGAAAGAGUGCCGCCUGUCAAUACUGAUAGACAAGAACUCAUUAAUCCCGAGAGAGCUGCUUUAAUCUCUGGCGAGAAAGAAGUUAGCCGCUCAGAGUCACCUCGACGUGGAAGAGAAGAUACACGCGAUAGAGGCUCGAGACCUCAGUCACCCCGAAGACACCCUUCCGAAAAGGAUCACUUUGAUUCUCGACGAGAUGACAGAGGAGGCCGAAAUCUUCCCGUAGAACCUUACUCGAGCUCACGCGGCCGUGGUGAUGAUUCUCAGCCCCCGCCUGCGGGUCCUCGCAGCGACAGAGCAGCUGACAGAGACCGCGCCGCCCCAAAUGAUAGAUCAGCCUUCCAACCUUCUCAACCCUUACCCAGAAACAUGGAUCUGGACCAUGGACGACUGAACGCAAACCCCAGACAGCAAGCAGAUCCAAACUUUGGUCGGCUGAACCCUGCCCCUGUAUCUGAUAUACCGUCAGGUCCUCGUGAUCGAAAUUCUCGUGGCAAUCGCCCUACCAACGCUCCUACUUCUCGUCAGACUGGCAGAGCCCCUGCGCAAGCUGAUAUUCCUCGUCCACCAAGCCCAGACAAGCAGCCUCCGACUGGUCCGUCAGUAAAUCGUCACCCGAGACGCACAGCAUCUGGUCAGUAUGAUCCCACCUCUACGACAGGCACCUCCGCACCAAACACACCGGUUACCGCUUCACCUGCUACCAGCAUCCAUCCAGAUCGCCUCGCAGCACUUCAACCUGCAAGCCCGGCUGCUACACCUCCGAUCCAUCCAGAGCGGUUGCGAGCACUCGCUAACCCCCACGAAACUCCGAUCAAGCCUCAGCCACCGAGACAGGCAGGCAAUGAUCAUGCAAGACCACAUGUCCCCCCUGUCGUCACGGCUGCAGGUCCUCCUUCCGGGCCCAAGGGGUCUCAGUCAAGCCCAACAAUUCCACAGAAUGGUUUUGCUGCACCUACAGGCCCAGCUUCUGCGACCGAACGUGCAGCUCGAGGAGGUAGACGUCAGCUUGCUGGCAUCAACACCAUGCUACAACAGGCCCAACAUGGACCUGAUCGCGUAAAUACCCGCGGACGUGGUGGGCGAAUGGGCUCUGGAAUCGGACCUGAUACCCCGAUUUCUGGUCCUUCAACUCCUUCGAUUCCGCCACCACCACCUCCUGGACCACCACCCGCUAGAGAGGUUGGCAGAGAUCUUAUCAACAACUCUGAUCGUGCCGAUCUGAUUCCGAGCAGCGUUGCCCCCGUUGAUGAGAGAGAUAGAGAUCGCAAUGGACGUAGAGAGCGUUCUGGCCGUCACAGUCGCCGAAGCUCGAGAAGUCCUGUGCGCGAGAGAGAUGCUAAGCGUGGCCCCGAAGACGAUCGUUUGAGGAACGAAUACCGUGAUCGUACUGAUCGUCCUCGAGGAGAACGUGGAGAUGUUGACAAGGAGAGACAUCAACCCAGAUCUUCGCCACCAAGAGAUUCGGGUUCUGGCAGAGAUGGACCAGGCGGUAGAGACAAUGGACGAGACCGUGAGCGGGAGAGAGACCGUGAUCGAAACGAAGGAAGACGCGAUGGUCGUGAGGGACGUGAGAGAGACGACAUUCGUGAUCCCCAUGAAGCAGGUUGGGGAGGCGAGCGUGGUGGUUCUGAGAGAGGACCGAGUGGACGAAGCAGAGAUUUGAGAGGAGAGACUCGAGGUGAUGAGAGACGUGACACUCGUGGAACCAGAGAAGAUGGUGGACGCAAGAGACACAGCGACGAAGGCAUGGAGCGAGGACGUGACUCUAAGAGACCUCGCAGAUAG